AUGGAUCAUAAAUUCAGAGAGUUCAGUAGAAGCUCUUUGGAUCUGCUGGAAACGAUGGUGAGAAGAGACCUUCAUUGGAUUUUUUUAAACAGUUAUCUUUACUUAAUGACAACUUUGUGAAUUUAACUCAGUGUGUGUGUGUUUCUUUGUGUGUGUUUCAGGCUAGUAACUCCACGAACAGCACUGAGGAUGCUGCACUGAGGCACUCUGUGGGCUUUCCUCAUGAUCUGUACACCCAGGCGUCCAAAGCAGCAGUAAGUCAGACUCUAGUGUGGAGGAAUUUGACUUCAUCUGUGUCAAACUAUCAUUCUUUGUUGUGUUUCUGUCUGUUUCUUCCACUUAUUCCUAUUUAUCUUAUAUUUCCCUUUAACUUUUGGCUAAUUUUUGCUUCUUUUUGCCUUUUUCAGGCUGAGGACAAAGUGAGUUUGACAGUCCAGGUUCUGGAUGAGACCAUGACCCUGUUCAGCAAGAAUCACAGCGCUGCAUCAUGGGAGGAGAAGACAGCCGACAACUUUCUGGGCGUUGUGAGCCGGCAGGCUGAUGGCCUUCGCUCCUGUGUAAGUCAGAAUAAACUGACUUGA